GACAGAGCGGGAGAGGGAGUGAAAGAGUAAUAGCAAAAAGAAAAAAAGAAAUUGUUGUGUUGUGAUAAAAUUAGAUUCGUUUCCACGUAAGAGAAAGAAAAUUCUGCAAUAAAUUAAGUAGAAAAGCAGUUUUGCAGUCAUUAUUAAGCCUAAUUAACGAAUCAUUUUACUGGACAUUGUAUUUUAGCCGAAACAUAUUGUUUUGUUGGUUCCGGUUAUUUGAACUUUCUACAAUUUUCUCGUAUUUUAAUCUUUUCCAGAGAAGUUGAUGUCUUGAAAUGACUGCUUGUGUGUCACAAUGUCAGUUGAUGAUACAAAGAAAGAGUGUGAAACAGAGAACCGUAAAAAAAAACGGGAAAGUUUGAUACAAGAAAUACUUGAUACUGAAACUAACUAUGUCAGUGACCUAAAGUGUUGUGUUGAUAUAUUUUUAAAGCCUUCUGAUGCAGACAAAUUCAAUUCUGAAGGAGUUACGAUUGACCGACUUUUCUUAAACUUUGAAAACAUUUGUGAAACUUCUGAGAAAUUAUUAAAGCUUCUGAACAAAAAUGUGAGAGGAUUUGAUUUUGACCAACAAAUUGUUGGUCAGUGUUUCCUGGAAGUGUCAAAGGAUUUAGAAAGUGUAUAUUCUUAUUAUUGUGUCAACAUCGCUUCUGCCCUGGAAUAUGAAAGUGAGGUAGCACAGCAUCCUCUGAUUUUGGACAAAAUCAAGCAGUUAACCGAUCAUUACCAGAACACAAAUCAAAUAAUUGCUCUAAAUUCCUUGCUAACAAAGCCUGUACAAAGAAUCACUAAAUAUCAUUUAUUACUUGAAUCUCUGCUAGAGGUUACUGAAGAGAAUCAUAUUGACUUCAGAGAACUGGACCAAGCCCACUUUUGCAUGAAGAAUGUUGCCAAUAAUGUGAAUGAGAGUAUACGAGCAAAGGAAAUUGUCACUAAAUAUCUUCGACCCAAUAGUGCUAGCUUCCGCGAUAGACUUGCCAGUAUCUCUUCACAUGCAGUUCAGAAGAAAUUUAGACGACUCAAAGGAGUUGUUGUUUCUAAAAUUGGAUUAACAUCCACAGUCGAAGAUGAAGAAUUUGAUUGUAAUCUGCAAAAAUUUAUUUCUGUUCAGAAAACUGUGUCUGAUUUAAAAAAGAACCUUGAAGAUUACCUCAAAGAAUUUGAGAAAUCAAUGAUUACUUUCGAUGAACUUGUUAGUCAUGUUGUUGUUUUAUAUGGAGACGAAGCAAGGAAUUUAUUUGUCUUUCAUUUACAAGAACUCAACAAGUCUUCUUGUUCUAUUUGUCAAUCAGUAGUAGAGAAGGUAACAACUUUGCUUCUUCAACCCCUAAUUGUGUUAAUUAAACUAUAUGAAGGACCAGAGGCUCUGAUAAAAAAACGGAAUGAUAAAUUAAUGGAGAUACAUGGUAAUGAAUCUUUGGAGUUGGUAAAAAAAGAAUAUGAAUCCUUAAACUGUCAAUUGAUAAAGGGCUUGCCAGAUCUGUGUAAAAUAUCAUCAGAAGUUAUCUUGGACAUUAUUGUAAACUUCAUACUGCUUAAGAAUUACUAUCAAGAACUCUGGGUUACAGGAUUGAAGAAAUUUAUUGAAUUUAUUGAAAUGAAGGACGACAAGAAUAAAAAUGAACCCAGCAACUGGCAGGUACAGAAAAUAUUUUCUGAGUUGUGGUUUCAACAGUUUGAUGUUAAUCGUGUAUUACUUAAUGUACCUGUGUUACCUUCUGAAACAUGCAGGUAUAGUUUGCCUGUAAAUACAAACAAAGCAACUAGACCUAAAACGGGUAUGAAUACUGAUCAUUUUCCAGUAACAGGUAAUAUUGAGCUGAAGCAGUCACUGAUGAUUGAUGAAGAUGAUGGUUAUGACUUUGGAUUUUAUCAACAUCCUAACACUUGUAACCCCCACCCCUCCCCAUCUCAAAAUCUUAUAUCCUGGUGACAUUUAACUUCAGAACAUAAGUUCUACUUUGCAAAAAUCCCUUAUGAUGCACACGCUAACCAACCAGAAGUAUCUCUCUAUGAAGGACAGUUUGUUACAGUCAUUACAAAGAACGAUGGAAAUGGAAAUACUGAAUGGUGGGAAGUUGACACAGGUGAC